AUGCGAUACGCAAUCCGACUCCACUUCCCCACCUCAAACAACGUAGCGGAGUAUGAGGCCCUUGUCAAUGGUCUCCAUAUCGCGACUGAGCUUGGGAUCAAGUGGCUCGAUGUCCGAGGCGACUCUAGGCUCAUCAUUGACCAGGUCAUGAAAGAGUCUAGUUGCCAUGAUCCCAAGAUGGAUGCGUACUGCAAAGUAGUUCGGCGCCUGGAGGAAAAGUUCGACGGCCUCGAACUUAACCACGUGUUGAGAAAAUACAAUGAGGCCACCGAUGCACUUGCAAAAAUGGCAUCCGAGUGGGCUACGGUCCCCCCGGACGUCUUUGUCAGUGACCUCUACAAGCCCUCCAUCGACUACAAAGAAGAUGGGGGCUCGGAUCCUCCCCCAACCAACCUAGGUCUUGAUCUCGAGCCCCCCACGGCACCCGAACCAGAAGCUAUGGACAUCGAGUCCGAGGCUCCUGCACGAGACGAUUUGUCGAAUUGGCGCUAUCCACUCCUACAACGCCUCAUCGACGGCACUUUGCCCCCAGAUCAAGCCGAGGCACGACGAAUAGCUCGUCACGCCAAAGCCUUGGUACUUCUCGAUGGAGAGAUGUACAAGCGUAGCCCCUCGGGAAUUCUCAUGCACUGCAUCACCCAUCAGGAAGGAAUCAAGCUCCUUGAGGAGAUACACUCGGGGGCUUGUGGCCACCAUGCUGCGCCUCGGACGCUAGUAGGAAAUUCCUUCCGACAAGGCUUCUACUGGCCCACCGCGGUGGCUGACGCCACACAGAUCGUCUGGACCUGUGAAGGAUGCCAGUUUUAUGCUCGGCAGAUCCACCUCCAAGCUCAGGCUCUACAGACGAUCCCCAUCACUUGGCCCUUUGCUGUUUGUGGCCUCGACCUCGUCGGGCCUCUGCAGAAAGCGCUCGGGGGCUUCACUCACUUACUUCUCGCAAUCGACAAGUUCUCCAAGAGGAUUGAGGUCCAACCCAUCACAAGAAUCAAGGCCGAGCAAGCAGUGCUGUUUUGCACUGACAUUAUCCAUCGAUUUGGAGUGCCUAACUCCAUCAUCACGGAUAAUGGCACACAGUUCACCGGGCAAAAAUUCCUGGAGUUCUGCGACAGACACCACAUACAAAAAAGUGGCUCAAAGAGCUACCAGCCGUAA